UGUACCCCGGCAGAGAGGGAAAGAGGGAGGGAGCUGGGAGGCCCGGUCACGACAGCUCCAUCCACGCUCCCCCUGCCCAGCCCCAGCCAUGAAUAUGUAACUCCCCUCUAUUUCCCGAGCACCAUUGCGGAGGUUGCCGCUCGCCAUAUUGUGUUGCUGGGUCUGCGGCUCACCGCUGGCGGGAGAGGGCGGUGGAAGCGAGCCGUGUAGUGCGACGUCGGCGGCCUGAGGCGGGAGCCCGGCGGGCGCCUGGUGCCUUUGGCGUUGCUGCAGAGCUGCGGGGAGCUUCUGAAGCCCUGAGCUAUCCCUGGGGACCAGUGUGCGGCGGGAAUAUAGAUAAAUGUGUGUGCACACAUACUCUGGAAGCUGCAGGGAGAGCCAUGUCUCAAGCCGUGCAGACGAAUGGGACGCAACCUUUAAGCAAAACGUGGGAGCUUAGUUUGUAUGAAUUGCAAAGAACACCUCAGGAAGCAAUCACUGAUGGCUUGGAAAUAGUUGUGUCACCCAGGAGCCUGCACAGUGAACUGAUGUGUCCCAUCUGCUUGGAUAUGUUAAAAAACACCAUGACAACAAAAGAAUGUUUGCAUCGCUUCUGUGCUGACUGUAUCAUUACAGCCCUCAGGAGUGGCAACAAAGAAUGUCCCACGUGUCGUAAAAAGCUGGUUUCAAAAAGGUCAUUGAGACCAGAUCCCAAUUUUGAUGCUCUCAUCAGUAAAAUUUAUCCAAGCCGAGAUGAGUAUGAAGCUCAUCAGGAGAGAGUGCUAGCAAGAAUCAGCAAGCACAAUAACCAGCAAGCUUUAAGUCACAGCAUUGAGGAAGGAUUAAAGAUUCAAGCGAUGAACAGGUUGCAGAGGGGCAAGAAACAACAGAUUGAGAAUGGUAGUGGUGCAGAGGAUAAUGGUGACAGUUCACACUGUAGCAAUGCCUCAACACACAGCAAUCAGGAAGCAGGGCCUAGUAAUAAGAGAACCAAAACAUCGGAUGACUCUGGGCUAGAAUUGGACAAUAACAACACAACUGUGGCAAUAGACCCUGUAAUGGAUGGUGCUAGUGAAAUUGAAUUAGUCUUCAGGCCUCACCCGACCCUCAUGGAGAAUGAUGACAGUGCACAGACAAGAUACAUCAAGACCUCAGGCAAUGCCACUGUUGAUCACUUGUCCAAGUAUCUAGCAGUAAGACUGGCUUUGGAGGAGCUUCGUAGCAAAGGAGAAUCAAACCAGAUGAACCUUGACACAGCCAGUGAGAAGCAGUAUACCAUUUACAUUGCUACUGCCAAUGGGCAGUUCACUGUAUUAAAUGGGUCCUUUUCCUUGGAACUGGUCAGUGAGAAGUACUGGAAAGUGAACAAACCCAUGGAACUGUACUAUGCACCAACAAAGGAACAUAAAUAAGCUGUGCUGGAAAACUGAGAUGGGACUAACUCUUUUUAUAGCUGACUUCUUUAAUAUUAAAAGAAGGCACCACCAUUACAUUCAUGGACAAUACACAUGCCUUCAGGCUCUCAGUAUACUUAUUAAUAUUCUGGGUUGUAUUUAAUUUAGUCUUUGUUUUGGGCUUUUGGUUUUUUCCCUAGGAGACUAAAUGACCUUCUCCAGUGCAUUCCAGUGUUUGACAUGCUUUUUUGUUCCUAAUGCAUGAUAACUGAAUGAGUGUUCCAGUUUGGAAUGUCUUAUUUUGUCCAGGUAAAUCUGGAUUUCUAAUACAUUUGACACAGUUAUAGUAGCCUCUGUGAAGUAUUGAGCAUUGGAUGGCUAAGUAAGUCUAUUCAAUAGUAACAUAUACAAAGGAAUGUGUUAAAUGUUGUACUUUGCUAAUGGUUAUCCAUAUGAAUGAUUGGUAAAGGAUUUCUGAUAGUCUUGCAGCUAGAAGUAAUCCAAUUAGUCAUUUUCUUGUGAACAGAGAUGUAGUGAGAAAACUGACACUUUAAAACCUUGCUGUUUACUGGGCCUAAUACUUCAGUGCAAGGUGAUUCAUGAGAUUGAAAUACCCAUUAAAAAGCAAGCCAGUCAAAAAAAAAACCCAACAAACCCUAAACAAGCCAAACCCGUAACCUUCCCAUGUAGAACAUGCCAAUCUUGAUGCAUACUACAGCUUCCCAUGGGGUCUAUGUUGUAGUGUCCUCACAAGCCUAAUUGAAGAAAAUCUGGAAGUUUUACAGCCUUACUAUGUUCCCUGUAACAACAGAUUUUUAUUGUGAAUGUAUUAGAAUGUUCU